AUGGCUGGGGCGACUACAGGCAAAAUUGACCCGGCCAAACAGCGCAGCACCAACGAGAAGAUCACCGACAAGGCGCGCGGCUUGUUCGAGAAGGCCACUGGAAAAGAUGUUCCAGACAAGUUCAGCAGCUGGACUGUCUGGCCGCGGUCUAGGGCGAGGAAAAUCCCUGCGGCCUCGGCGUGGCCAGAGAGCAGCGGAAAGAAAGGACCGCCGCUUGCCGGAGAAAUCUCCAAAGGCGAAAAUGGCCGAGCCCGCCAAUCGCAUGAGACACGAGGCACGCGACAGACGGCGCUCCUAUUCCGAGGAAUCUCUGGCCUCUGGCUCGGCACCAACCCUGCAUUAGCCGCGACCAGAGAAGCUGUCCUUUUUCUAGCCUCCGGACUCUCGGCCCCAACUCUGUUUGGUUGGUCUCUUGCCGAAAUUGACCCCAAACGUCCAGACCAACGUUUUGACGUUGGAAAAUGCCAAUUAGAUCGAGAUUCCAGGUAA